ACCUGUCAAAAGAACCAAGGCAAAUUCAGAGGACGGUUGUUUUCUGGAAGACAAUGAGUGGAUGUCCAUUUUUGACAAGAAAGUAUCAAUUUAAAACCAAAUCCAGUGACUUAGAUGAGGAGGAUGGCGCCCAGCAAGGCAUCAACAAUGUCUCCAAAGGAAAAGUCUCGUACAGAGACUACCUACAGCUGGAUAAGAUUAAUAACGCUCAGGUUCUGCAGAGUGAACAGAGAGGCAAAAAAAUCCAUGAUGAGCACAUGUUCAUUGUCACCCACCAAGUUUAUGAGCUAUGGUUAAGCAGAUUAUAUGGGAGGCUUGAUUCAGUGAGGAAAGUUUUCAUCCACAAUCAUGUUCGUGACGAGAGGAACAUGCUAAGGGUGAGCCGGAUCCACAGAAUCACCAUGAUCUUCAAGCUGCUGGUGAACCAGUUUGCUGUGCUGGAGACCAUGACAGCUUUGGACUUCUUUGACUUUAGGGAGUACUUGUCCUCAGCUUCAGGCUUCCAGAGUCUUCAGUUUCACCUUCUUGAGAAUAAAAUUGGAGUUUCAGAAAAUCUGAGAGUUCCAUACAACCGCUGCCACUACAGGGACAACUUCCAUGGGCAGGAGAGCGAAGCUUUGCUCAGAUCAGAGCAGGAUCCUACUCUGCUACAGCUUGUGGAGCAAUGGCUGGAGAGAACACCAGGCCUUGAAAAAGAUGGCUUUAACUUCUGGGGUAAACUGCAAGCAAACAUUGAGAAAGGUUUCAAGUUGGAGAAGCAUAAGCUUGAGAAAAUGCCAGAUUGCGAGACAAAGCAGGAUAUGCUGGCUAAUCUCAAGAAGCAGACUGAAAUGUUCACCUCCUUGUUUGACAGCAAACGCCACGAUCAUCUUUUAAGCAAAGGUGAUCGUCGGCUCUCCUACGCGGCGCUUCAGGGAGCUCUGAUGAUUUACUUUUACAGAGAGGAGCCUCGAUUUCAAGUGCCUUUCCAGUUUCUGACAUAUCUGAUGGAGAUUGAUGUACUUAUGACCAAAUGGAGAUAUAAUCACGUGUGCAUGGUACACAGAAUGAUCGGCAGUAAAGCUGGCACAGGUGGCUCCUCAGGUUACCAUUACCUGCGGUCUACUGUCAGUGACCGUUACAAAGUGUUUGUGGACUUGUUCAACCUGGCUACGUUUCUGGUCCCACGGGCCUGGAUUCCCAGACUGAACCCCAGUGUCUAUAAGUUCCCCUACACAGCUGAGUGCAGUGACAGCUCGUACAGCUCCUGUGGCUCAUGCAGCAGCGAGGACGACUAAACAAACCAAGGCAAUGAUGUUUAGAGACACUAAUUCUCACCAAAGAAAGUGACUGAAAAUUGUAAAUGGUGGAAAUGAGCAUGUUUAGAGGUGUUUAGAGUCGAUUUUUUGUGUAUGGUACUGCAAGCAUUAUUACUUGAUGACACCUCAUGAUUAUAUUGUAUCUGGGCAGCUUAGACCUCAUAAUUACCAAAAGAAACAGCAACAGUCACAGAAAUUCAUAGAUUGUUUGUUCAGUAAUCAUACUAUAACCUCAUGUAUAGAAACAAAUUAAGUAGUCACUGUACAUAGUAUUUAUAAGCUUCCAUGUACACUCAGAGAUAUUAAUCCUAGCAUUUCCUUAUUGUUUCAAAUAAACCAGGUCAAUAUGCUACCAGAUAGUUCUUAUGUACAUAUUAUAUGCAUUUUAUGUAACUGUGGCCUAAUUUAACAGUGCAGUGUAAAAAUGUAUAUUACAGUAUAUAUUUUAGUAGACAUUGCUGAUUUUGUACGGCACAUUUUUAGACACUGUGUAAUACUGUGAAUAAACUUUUCUACUCUCCCAGACGCACUGUUUUUAAA